UGGGCGCCGGCACGUGAAAAUGUACGCAGUGCCACCAAAUGUAGGCAAUAACUGAAGUGGCGGUUUCCUAACGAUAUAAAUAUAUUUUGCUCGGUAUUUAUAAAUUCAUGCUUUUACCAUAGCAAAUUUUCUCCACAGAUAAUUAGGUCAAAAUCAAUCUCAGCUUUCUUGUAGCUUCUGCUGCUCCCGAUUGAAUCACUCUCUUUCCCUCCUUCGAUCUUCGAGAGGUUCUUCACUCCUUAGAUUUCUUCUCCAGAUCCCUUUUCUUUAUGGAACGCGUUGAUGUUGAGGAAAAAGUCUCGGUUGUCGUUGACGAGCGCGAAAUCCCAGUGCCUGAUUCGAAAUGCGAUUCGUCAUCUCCCCCUAAUCCCGAUCAAUUCGUGUGUUUCGUCCGGAGUGGAAUGGUCAGGCUGGAAGAAGGAAUCCGCGAGCACGAGAUCGUGAAUAACAGCUUCCUCUCGGGCAUGGAACGGCUCAAGUCGGGCAUCAAGGUCGUCGCGACUCAUAAGAACACGUACAGGGGUUUGUCCGGAAAAGCUCGGCUGGAAGGGUUUCGCAUUUUCUCGGAAGCGGUGACGAGGAAGUGCGGCGGGAAUGCGAACAUGAAGUACGCUUGGUACGGAGCUUCCAAGGACGAGAUUAUUCAGAUCUUAUCUCAUGGGUUCAGUCGAUGCGGAGGUCCCGAAACCGGCGAGCUGUACGGCUCCGGCGUCUACCUAUCUCCUGCAAAAUUCUCCAUUGAUGCUGCAUUAUCUUCGCUUCCGGAUGAGAACGGAUUAAGCCAUGUGCUGCUAUGCCGUGUGAUACUGGGAAAUAUGGAAGUGGUGUGUCCUGGUUCCCAGCAGUUUCGUCCAAGCUCCAGAGAGUUCGAUACAGGAGUCGAUUUUCUGCCAGCCCCUCGAAGAUACGUUGUGUGGAGUCCUUACAUGAAUUCUCACAUCUUCCCCAACUACAUCGUCAGUUUUAAGGCGUCCGUUUUCAAUAGCUUUCAAAGUGUUCCGGCGCCUGAAGUAAAACCCACCGGCUCUCCCUCACCAUGGAUGAGAUUUCCCAUUUUGAUGUACAUGCUCUCCAGAAUUCUUCCUCUUCCAACAAUGGAUCUGAUAGCCAAGUAUUACAGCUUUUACCGGGAGAACAAGAUUAUGCGGCUGAAGUUUGUACAGAGACUGAGGGAAUUAGCUGGGGAUGAGUUAUUAAUGGCUGCAAUCAAAUCUUGUAAAAUCAUGCAACGUCAGGCGGAGGCAGCAGGGGCAAGUGGAUCUCAUCAAAUGAACGAAACUACGAUGCAUGAGAAGCCUGCAGAAGAGGGUUCGGAGUCCUUGUAGACGUCCUUAUGUGCUGUAACGCUGCUGAGAAGACGCUGCAGGAACUAGUAAUCAAUCCGAAAUUAGGUGUUGUCUUGCAAGUCGGCCUCAGAUCUAGAGUGCGUUGUCUGUUUGGAGUUGUUAAAUUUUUGGUUUUCUUUUCUUGUUUUGCAUCUUGUUUAUCAACUUUUAAAAUGUAGACCUUAUUAUUAAGAGUGUUCCUUUCUAGCUA